CGCCAUGCCCGUCGCCACGCCCCCCUCAACAAUAUCGUCCUCAGAUCCAGACCAGUGGAUAGCCCACCUUCGCAAAUGUAAUCACCUCCCCGAACGCCAGAUGAAGCUUCUCUGCCACCGAGUUCGCGACCUCUUGAUGGAAGAAUCCAAUGUCCGUCUGGUGCAAUCUCCAGUGACUGUCUGCGGGGAUAUUCAUGGGCAAUUUUGGGAUGUUCUGGAGAUUUUCAGGCAGGGCGGAGAAGUCCCGGAAACGGCUUAUAUCUUUAUGGGAGACUUUGUGGAUAGAGGAUACUACAGUCUUGAGACUCUUUCGUUAUUACUGGCGUACAAGGCGAGAUAUCCCGACAAGAUCACAUUAUUACGAGGAAAUCACGAGUCUCGUCAAAUAACGCAAGUUUAUGGGUUCUAUGACGAAUGUAUGCAAAAAUACGGCAAUCCCUCAGUAUGGAAAGCUUGCUGUACCGUUUUUGACCACUUGAACCUCGCUGCCGUACGUCACUCCAGACACUGCCCCCGAACAUUCUCACUCGUUCUGCAGAUCAUCGACUCUUCGAUAUUAUGUGUCCACGGCGGAUUGUCCCCUGAUAUCCGGACGCUCGACCAGAUCAGAACUCUCUCGAGAGCCCAGGAGGUGCCUCACCAGGGCGCGUUCUGUGAUCUGAUGUGGUCGGAUCCAGACGAGGUUGAUAGUUGGAGCGUGAGCCCGAGAGGGGCAGGAUGGUUGUUUGGGGGCAAGGUUACGGAUGAGUUCAAUCAUGUCAAUGGGCUCACUCUGAUAGCGCGAGCGCAUCAGUUGGUUCAGGAAGGGUACAAGCACAUGUUCAACGACGCACUUGUUACCGUGUGGUCUGCUCCCAAUUAUUGCUAUAGAUGUGGAAAUGACGCAAGUAUAAUGGUGGUGGAUGAUGAGGGCAAGACGAGUUUCCGAGUGUAUGGUGCGGCUCGAGAGAAUGUGACGGACAUGAAAAAUCCUGCCAUGCGGAGAGUCGGCGCACCAUCAUACUUCGUUUAA